UCAACCCCUGAUAAUGAUGCAACAUCCAGACUCACACGCGAUCUUUGGGAUACUCGACGGGAAAUAACCGCCUUACACGCGCGCGAAAUUGACCUCGUAGCUUCAUUGCGCCGCCUAGAUGCUCCUCGCCAUAUCCUCGAAUCUGGACGAGCACAAAAAUCCUCAGGUGACUAUGCAGCGCUUGAAGUUCGUCUCGCUGAGGUAGAGAAUGAACUACGGCGAGAAAGAUAUAAGCGUCUUCAAGCGGAGCGAGGUCUCAAUGAGAUUGAGACGGAGAGAAGACCUCCGUUUGUCGUUCCAGCUCUGUUCCAAGCGUUCCUAACGAUUUCUGAAAUGGAUGGAUAA